UGCCCCGAGGCUUUAGUCCGCGAGGACAAUCUGCUGCUAAAAGUUGAGCCAGCCAGGAGGAUCCUCGAUCGAGCGUUUUCAAGCACACGUGAUGAGAUCAGAAGUCUUUCAGCAGUACCUCUCUGAAGAAGCCGGUCACACUCAUACUCAACUGCACACUUCCCGGGCCAGCCAAUUCACAUCCACUCAAGCCAACAUGGCCGCAAAAGCAGCCAGGAAUCUGGGCUACAUUCCGCCAGAUGGAGGCUGGGGCUGGGCCAUCGUCUUGGCCUCCUUCAUCUCCAUCGGAUUUGCCUACGCCUUUCCUAAGUCGCUCACCAUCUACUAUCAUGAGAUUCAGGAAUAUUUCUCAGUUUCCUACAGCCAGAUUGCCUGGGUGUCCUCGGUCAUGCUGGCGUCCAUGUAUGCGGCAGGGCCAGUGAGUAGCAUUCUUGUCAAUCGCUUUGGCAGCAGGCCCGUGGUCAUGGUUGGUGGGCUCAUGGUUUGCUCUGCCAUGGUUCUCGCCUCUUUUGGAACGUCUAUUGUCCAUCUGUAUCUCUGUGUUGGCGUCAUUGGAGGUUUCGGCCUUGCCUUGAAUCUGCAGCCGGCUCUGACCAUCAUUGGCACCUACUUCCAUGCGAAGAGGCCGCUGGCCAACGGGCUGGCGAUGACAGGAAGUCCAGUGGUCCUCUUCACUCUGGCUCCACUUAAUCAGUUUCUCUUUGAUUCUUUCGGCUGGAGAGGAAGCUUCCUGAUCCUGGGAGCCCUGCUUUUGAACUGCUGUGUUGCCGGUUCGCUAAUGAGACCCGUCAACAAAGAAGUCCCCGCUGAACUCCAACGUGAGCCAUGUGAAAGCGACGGGGCACAGCAAGUCCCAGAGGAUAACCCACGAGGUGUAGAAAUCCAAAACGAGAGACACGAAAAGGGGUGUAUCGACGUCUCCCUCUUCAAACACCGGGGAUUCCUCAUUUACCUCAUCGGUAACGUGCUCAUGUUUUUUGGCUUUUUUGCACCUGUGGUUUUUCUGGCCCCGUAUGCCAAACAUCUAGGCGUCGAUGAGUAUUCAGCGGCGUUCUUGCUCUCCAUCUUCGCUCUCGUGGACGUGUUUGUUAGACCGGCAACGGGCUUGCUCGGCAAUACAAAAUGGAUCCGGCCCAGGAUUCAGUAUUUAUUCAGUUUUGCCGUUUCCUACAACGGGGUGUGUCAACUUUUGUGCCCUCUGGCAUCCGGGUAUGUGGGCCUGGUGGUUUAUGUCGUCUUUUUUGGGAUGGCCUUUGGGAUGGUCUGCUCUCUGCUCUUCGAAGUGUUGAUGGACCUCGUGGGAGCUCACCGCUUCUCCAGCGCGGUUGGACUCGUCACCAUUAUCGAGUGUGGCCCGGUGCUUCUAGGUCCUCCGCUUUCAGGAGCUCUGGUAGAUAUUUUGGGGGACUACAAAUACAUGUACUACGCCUGUGGUGUGUUUAUGCUGGUACCCGGCAUAUUUUUCUUCAUCAUGCAUUACUACAACUACAAGAGACUGGAUGAGGAACAGAGGCGUCAGCAGUCUGCACAGAUGAGGACGUGUGGAGAGGCUGUACAGACGAAAAUGGACCAAGCGGGAACACAGCGGGAACGGGAAUUUGCUGUAUAGGAUGAGAGUAAGUGUAGACUCGAGAGACUGCUUGGUGUCAUUGCAGAAAACACAGAGAUAAAACAAAAAAAACCCCUCAACAUUUCAUACCUCAGAUAAAAACUAUUUGACAUAGAUUAUCUGUAGAGGAAUAUUUGUUUGUUUGUUAUUUCUGUAAGUGUGGCCUUUUUGGUUGGAGACACCUUUUUUAAUCACCUUAAUACAACUAGAUGGCAGCAGACACCAACAUGAAAACUGCCCCAUUGUAUAAUCUGAAAAUGUUUUUUUUCUUCUUUUGGCUUCUUUUAAUGAAAAAUGGGGUGAAAUUUCUUCUCAUGGCCUUAUUUUUGUACGUGUGAGUGGUCAAAGGAAUGCAUUGUAUUGAGCCGUCGGCGACACUGCGCUACAAAAGGGCAUAGGCGCUACUUUGUUAUUUCCCAUUUCACAUUUGUUUUCACAAUACAGUACAUCCAAAACAAGUGUACAGAAUUGACAUAAGAGUGAGCAAUUAGGGAAAGUUGAGGAAAAGAGUAAGGGUAUAGUGUGACAUUUGCAUGGGACCAUUUCAUGUCAUCCAAUGGAAGAGCCGUAUCAAGAAAAUGUGGCUUGGCCGAGAUGGCAAUGGUCAAUUGGGUUCGAAACCAUAUUUAUUGACUUACACCCUUUUCUCAAAAGACGCUGACGAUCAAUCCUGCACUGAAAACCAAAACAUCCAAGAUGUGCAAUUUGACAGCAUGCUGUAAAAGACGUGGAUAUGCUGUCAUUUCAUAUGCACAGUGAGUGUUGCGAUUACAUAUUACAUGACAACCGUUGUGAAAGCUGGCUGAAAAAAACAGGCACCAUUUUCUUAAGUAUUCAGCAGUGCAAAAAAAAAAAUUUAGUCUGUGCACAAGUGAAAAUGUGUUUUAGUCACUCACAGCCUUUGUUUCAGUUAAGCUGCACAAACCCUUUGUGACAUUGUGACCCGCAGGUCAGCACUCACCGACUUGCUCAAGCAAGUGGACCCAGCCAUGACGUGGUAGGCGUGCUUGUGACUUCUUUUUUAGGAUGGCAGCUCCUGGUUCCAAUCUUGGCGAGUCAUUUGUCUCUCUGUUUUGGGGAGGAAUUCUGUUCUUGGAUUAACUUCAUUUUUUAGAAGCUACAAUCAUGUCUCACUUUAAUGUGGUUCAGUGUUUGCUGUCUCAUUGUAUCGCGAACUCAUAAGUUGUACAUAUCUAAUAUGAUGUCACGGAUUUGUCACUCCUCGACCAUGAUCAUUUUUUUCCACGAGCCAGAAGGAAAAUAGUUCAUAGAAGAAAGAGAAUGUCAGAA